AUGGACCGAGCCAACAAACUCAAGCGCUCGUCUUACGACUACCCUUCCACCACUCAACACACUUUGCCCCGCGAGGAUUUCGUGGACAGUGAUCAGCGACGGGCGCAAGACCACGUUGAGAGUUUCGUCCUUCGCGCCGGCAAUGGCUCGGCAUCGACAACUCCACCCAUACAAGUUCUCGAUCGCAGGCCGAUAGAACUACCAGACCACGUGGUCGUCGCAUGCCCCUGGCGCAUCCACCCUUCCGCGCGCGCAUUUCCCAACGGUUCAAGCGACAAACAAGAGAAGAUCAAUCGAUACCUCGAUGAGCUGGAGGCGGCGGUAGCCGGAAUCGACCAAGAGCUAAGGGGCUUUUACAAGGUGCGGUCUGACGGGCAGGUAGCUCCGUGGCGUCUGUCGCAUAAUGGCGGGUCGAGCUUGAGGUGGGGUUUCCGGACAGAGGAGACGCAGCCCCUCGAAGACCUCACGGCCGUUUCUGGUGGGCUUCAGGUGCUUCUCCGCAACGGAACCGAAUACUGGGAGCCUGGCUUUGGGGGCACCAUCGAGGCUGGCCACACCGUCUGCCCGAUGGGCCCCCUCGGAUCGUCGGAACCCGUUGAUACUAGUCACCGAGAAACGAGUCCGAGGCACAUUCCACCGUUCGCUAAUCCCCCGUGGGGGGACAACGUCACCGUCCGCCCCGGCUCCAAACCAAAGCGCUCAGUUAGCGCUCCCUAUAGAUCGCCAUAUGGUGAGCUGCCUAAUCAUUGGGUGGAGGAGCUCAGCCACCCGGCUGGGUCGCAUUCCCGCGCUGAUGGAGACGAGCCUUUCGGCGAGAAGUCAUAUGCGCCCGAGAGAUUAGUCCACCCCCAUGAGAAUGACUACGAGCUUGCCCAGUUGAGUCUCAACUCAUGCAAGCUUGGUCAGACACGCCACGAAGAAGGUGAGCUUGAACAAAAGUACCGUCGGGAACAUCUUCUCACUGGCAUAGCUGUGGCCACGGUUGCCCUUCCACCUAGUCCCUCUGACGGCUCCGACGACGUUGGGUAUGAGGCAGAUGAUGAGCCCCUAGCUGGCUUGCCCUUUGACGAGGAGUCUUUCUCGGACCCGGUUGUACCUGGGUUAAAUUUGGAUUGGGUUUUCCCGAUAGAAUCCUCCACACGGAUCUUUGAAGAUCCAGUGAAGCACGAUCAAGGCCAAUUCGUCGCCCACGUCUACGACGAUGCUUCGAUAAGCCCCUUCACCUCUGCACCCAGUCUGAGGUACGUGGAGAGGGCCACUGUUGAGGCGUCGACUUUCUCGGACUUCAACCCUUGCAAGAAGGUUAAAGCUUCAUCCAACACCAUCGCCUUGGACCUUCCUGGAGAGAUCCAGGCGACAUUCGAUGUAUUCGGCCGUCAGCCUGUUUGGCCUCGGCUUCCGACGCGCCAAGAAGUCAGCAACGACUAUGUCGUGGACGUGUGCGAAGGCGCAGAGCAGACGCGCGAGGGAGCCAACUGUCGGCCGAAAGAUGUCUUCUCUGUCAUCCCCUUUGUCAAGUCCAUCGGCAAUGGUUUUGUUAAAUCUGUUGUCGCGCGUCUUCAUCACCACCCUCGGGGUCGUUCUUUUCGAUCAAGGAGAGAUGAUAGUGCCAACAUGAGCGGUUGCUGA